UGACUGGUGGUUAGCUUGCCUGCAGAGGAGUUAGAGUGAGGGAUCGCAGAACAGGUUUGAACGGCAGACUGACGCUGUGUCGGGCACGCUGAACACCGGAGCCGUCCUUGUCCUGGAGGAUUAGAGUUCGGGCUUGUUUUUGGACUGGAUUUCAGCCGAGGAGUUCCGAGUUUGCGAUUCAGAAGUGUGGAUGUUCUAACGCACUGCGCUGCCACCUCGGCGCGGCGACGAGAGGGAGGACGGACAGCGAGAAUCCCGCGGCGAGAAGCGGCGCUUACCUCUCCGAGAAACGCCAACAAAGAGCGUUCAGGGAAGUCGCCUGCUGCCUGCUGAGGUAACGCAAGUUAGUUAAACAACACGCAGAAAGUACGGCAGCGUCUGCAUUCUUCAACAUGGCUUACAACAGACUUCUCCGCUCGGCUUUGGUUUUUCUGUUUUUUAUCCUGUUCCUGAACCUGGGAAUUUUUCGAGUCAACGGCCAAUACGGCGGCAGUGACCGAGGAUUGUCUAUACCGGAGCACGGAUUCUGUCAGCCCAUUUCCAUCCCCCUGUGCACGGACAUCGCCUACAAUGAGACUAUCAUGCCGAACCUGCUGGGCCACACCAACCAGGAGGACGCGGGGCUGGAGGUCCACCAGUUCUACCCGCUGGUGAAAGUGCAGUGCUCCCCGGAUUUAAAGUUCUUCCUGUGCUCCAUGUAUGCCCCCGUGUGCACCGUGCUGGAGAAGGCGCUGCCCCCGUGCCGCUCUCUGUGUGAGCGCGCGCGGCAGGGCUGCGAGGCGCUCAUGAACAAGUUCGGCUUCCAGUGGCCCGACAGCCUCGCGUGCGAUAGCUUCCCGGUCCACGGCGCGGGGGAGCUGUGCGUCGGCCAGAACAUGUCGGACCACACGGAGCCCCAGCCCGGGCCCUACUCCACCGAGCGGCCACCUACUGACCCGGGGAACGGGCAGUUCAGAUGCCCGGCCUCGCUCAGGGUGCCUCCCUACCUGAACUACCGCUUCCUCGGGCAGGAGAACUGCGCCGCUCCGUGCGAGCCGAAGAGAUCCCACGGGAUGAUGUACUUCAGCGAGGAGGAGCUCAAAUUCGCCCGCAUAUGGAUCGGCAUAUGGUCAGUGCUGUGUUGUGCUUCCACUUUAUUCACCGUGCUCACCUACCUGGUGGACAUGAAGCGCUUCAGCUACCCAGAGAGGCCCAUCGUCUUCCUUUCUGGCUGCUACACUAUGGUUUCCAUCGCCUACAUUGCUGGAUUUUUACUGGAGGACAAAGUGGUUUGCAAUGACAAGUUUGACAACGACAUAAAGACUGUGGUGCAGGGCACCAAAAAGGAGGGCUGCACCAUCCUCUUCAUGAUGCUGUACUUCUUCAGCAUGGCCAGCUCAAUCUGGUGGGUCAUCCUGGCUCUCACCUGGUUCCUGGCGGCAGGAAUGAAGUGGGGCCACGAAGCUAUUGAGGCCAACUCUCAGUAUUUCCACCUGGCGGCCUGGGCCGUUCCUGCCAUCAAAACCAUCACCAUCCUGGCAGUAGGACAGGUGGAUGGAGACGUGUUGAGUGGGGUUUGCUUUGUGGGCAUCAACAGCGUGGAUGCCCUGCGCGGCUUUGUUCUGGCGCCGCUCUUCGUAUACCUGUUUAUUGGCACUUCCUUCCUUUUGGCCGGAUUCGUGUCCCUGUUUCGAAUCCGGACCAUCAUGAAGCACGACGGCACCAAGACGGAGAAGCUGGAGAAACUGAUGGUGCGGAUAGGCAUCUUCAGCGUGCUCUACACCGUGCCGGCCACCAUCGUCAUCGCCUGUUACUUUUACGAGCAGGCCUUCAGAGAGCAGUGGGAGAGGACGUGGAUCAGCCAGACGUGCAAGACAUACGCCGUGCCGUGUCCGGCCCACAGCCACCCCAACAUGAGCCCGGACUUCACCGUCUUCAUGAUCAAGUAUCUCAUGACGCUCAUUGUUGGCAUCACUUCUGGCUUCUGGAUCUGGUCCGGAAAGACCCUUAACUCCUGGAGGAGGUUUUACACGAGACUGGCCAACAGUAAACAGGGGGAGACCACAGUGUAGUGUGGUUCAAACCUCACACCUCACACAGACUGCUUUGUGACAAACUGAAUGAUAAUCCUCUUUAUGUUCUUUUUAUUCAUUUUCUUGGACUCACAGGAGACACUCGCUCUGUUUUUUGUUUUUUUUUAAUGUACAUACAUAUUUGUGAGAUUUUUGUAAGUAUAUAUUUGUAUUUAAAGAUUUAAAAAAAGAUUUUUUUAAACACCUUUUUUCAUACAUUGGACUUGAUGGAAUUUUACUUAAUCAUCACAAAGAGCCAGCCGAUCAUCAACAAUCCUGAGAUCUCAUGACUUGUCUUACUGCAGACACCUUCUAGGAGUACUUCCCAUGGUGUGUAUGUGUGUGUGUGUGUGUGUGUGUGUGUGUGAUCGGUGAACUGCCUGUGAGCCCCAGGUCUAUUCUAAGCAGAGUCUCGUGAAACCCAAGUGCUUCCUCGUGGCUCCCUCUCCCCCCGAUUAACCAGCUGUAGUUUGUGUCUGUUGUACAGUGGAGCGAGCGGUGGCCCGGCUCUGGAGGGACGUGUCAGCAGUCCUGGGAACAAGAAGUGGUGUGCAAGGUUGUGAAUGUGAGUCACUGUGGCAGAUGGUUGUGGCCUGUAGCUCAGGCCCUAACAUUCCUUUUCUAAAUAAAGCACAGGUAGUCAUGCAAAUGUAAAGGAACACACAAGUGGUUUUGCAUGUAUGUUACAAUGCUCUCAGGCAAAACUCAAGAUUAAUUUCCUUCACGUUUUCCUGAAAACAUGUUUCUUUUUAAUGAACUGCCGUGAUCAUGAUCUGCUUUUUGUAAUUCUGAACACUGUGACCUUCAGGAUUCCUUUUUGGGGUUUUGCGUGUAGUGCUGGGCGGUAUGACCGUGAGAUUCAGUUUCAGGGUCGUCCCAGUGGGUCUUCAUGUAGAACUACAGCAGCUCGUUCUUCUGUCAGGAGUAUAAAACCCUAAACACACACACACCCGAAACAAUCUCUGUUGUCCUAUGCUGUGUCACAGGGAGUCAGUCCUUAAAGCAGAACAGGAAGUUUUACGUGAGAUGCGUUUCCACUUUUUUAUUUUUUUGUUCCUGUUUGUAACAAAAUCAACAUGUUGUGGGUCAUGAGCUUUAAGAAAGUCUGUUUGGACUUAUUCUCCAAACUUUGUGGGGGAAAUGAUUCAGCCAUCAGGAAAAACACUCUUACCUCAAGUAGCACAUUAUCCAUGUCACUGUGUGUGGAGCAUCCCUGCCCACAGUGCAGAGACCAGGAAAAACAGCAGAUCCUCUCUGGGUCAUCUUUGCUGGUUUUUUUUGUUGUUGUUGUUCUUUUCUUCAUCCUCGCUCUGUCUCAGCUGCUCCUGACCGUGCAGCCUGCACAGAGCACCUCCCGCUGUUAGCACCCUGCUGUGCUUACCUGCCUGGCCAGCAUAUCCCAGCAUGCUGUUUGUCUGUGUGAAAUUUUGAAUUACAAAUUAGUAACAAAUAUGGUCAGUUGAUGAGACUUAGUCAGGAAGCAUUGAGUAAAUACAGCUUAUAUAAUGCAUAUCUCAAUGAAAAGCCGUGGGGGUGGGGGUGGGGGGGUCUGUAUUUGAAAAAAAUAUAUCAUGCAUGACGUUAUGAACAGUGUACCGCCCAGCACUAUGUUAUGUUUUUCUGGCAUGGUUGCUAUGACGCAGACUGACCCCUUGUAAUUUGAUGCAACAGCAACACAACUUUGACCAAAGUGAACACAGAAGCACAGUAACAAUCUAACCAACGGUUCUAUGUAGAUCUACAACAUGCAGAAAUGCUGGUGUGUUCCUUUACUGCACACGUUCAAAGCAGCAGUAAUAUGUCUGUGUUUAAUAAAGAUCUAUUUUGAGAAAUGCAGUUUUUAAAAAGAAAAUGAAAUACUCCAGCAGAGCUGUGUGCGUGUGUGUGUGUGUGUGUGUGUGUGUGUGUGUGUGCGUGUAAGCACAUUUUUAACUUUGACUAUUUUCCGACAUUUAGUAUUGUGUCAAAUCUUUGGACGCCUUUGAGCCUUUAUAGUUUGUUACACAACACAUUGAAAUUAUUUCCUGCUUGUUUUAUUUCACAUCAGAAAUGUUUGAUUGUGCUGUAAUUUGUUAUGAGGCAAAAACAAAAGAUUCAAUCCAAAAUUGGAAUUCAAAGGAAAAUUUAAUUUUGAGAAUUUGGAGAUUGGAUCCUUUAACUUUAUGCAGUUAAAGGUAUAAAUUAGUUUUUCAAAGAGAAUCUGCAAGUUAAUGAAAAUAAAAUCAAUGACAUCAUUAAAAAUAAGAUGCUCAGAUCUUUUAGGUCAUAACUAGCUUUUGAAACAGUUCAAGCUUGAAUAAUCGUCAGUAGUACGAGAUCAUUUUUACUGGACGGUAUAAAGUGAAAGAUGGAUUCAGUGUCGUGUUUCACAAGAAAAUAAUAAUAAUUCUCCCUUUUAUCAAAGGGUGUAAACGAGGAAACAAAACGAGUCUCAAGUAAUACAAAGUACAUUUAGAUUUGAAUCCACUUCUGUGUUUGCAAAAUUCAUCGUGGCAGUUCUGAUUCACAUACAGAUUUUAACAUUUUUUAUUAUAUUUGACAAAGUAUUGAACUGACAGAAGGUUAAGGGUGUCCAGACUCAAACGUGGUGCUGUAAAUGUCUGCGGCUGUUUGUAAUGCACAUAUCAGACAUUUUUGGAAGAGUUUUUUCACGCUCUGUUCCUGGGGCUUGAACAUGUCAGAAACUGUUGAAAGGGGGCUCGGGUUCAUCUGCAGAGUAACCUGAUCCCGGUGAACGUAGCUGCACUGUGGGACUGAAGAGCAGCCAGCAGCUUGCAUGUCUUCCACCGCAGGAGAAAGGAAGCCUUGUGCUGAAAUGCAGAGCGGCUGCUGUCGGUGCAGCUCGCUCACACACACACACACACACACAUUUCAUGACUGUGUGUUCUUGUCAAACGCUCUUCCACACAGUGCUUCCGAUUCAUAAUAAUCCUUUUAUUGUGUUGACGGCUCUACAAUAGUCACUGCUUUGAAGUAAUUUCCUUUGCAUUUGCUAUGAAGAGAACCUUUAUAUUUAUAGAAAAAAAUCAUAUAUACGCUACAUUGAUUGUUUUAUGAGAAUAAAAACAAUGUCACCAUUUCAACUGUCAA